AUGUCUGACGUCGCCGAAACCAAGCCCGACCCCGCCAUCGUCGAGGAGACCAAGCCUGAGACCACCGAGGGCGAGAAGUCUACCACCGAGGCUGUUGCUGAGACUGCUACUGAGACCGCUGAGCAGGCCGCCGACGCCACCAAGGAUGCCGCCGUGAAGACCUCUGACAGCGUGUUCUCCAUGUUCGGUGGCGGUCCCAAGAAGGAGAAGAAGGAGGAGACCGAGGAGCCUACUGAUGAGCCCUCCGGCUCUUCCAAGGCCAAGAAGGCCGACGAUGAGGAUGAGGUUGAGGAGUCCGUUGAUGUCCACUUCGAGCCCGUUAUCCGCCUGACUGAGAAGGUUGAGACCAAGACCAAUGAGGAGCUCGAGGAGCAGUCCUUCAAGAUGCGCGCCAAGCUGUUCAAGUUCGACCGUGACUCCAAGGAGUGGAAGGAGCGUGGUACCGGUGAUGUCCGUCUGUUGAAGCACAAGGAGAACCAGAAGACUCGCCUUGUCAUGCGCCGUGAUAAGACCCUCAAGGUCUGCGCCAACCACUACAUCGUCCCCGACAUGAAGCUGAGCGCCAACGUCGGCAGUGACCGCAGCUGGGUCUGGAACGCCGCCGCCGAUGUCUCUGAGGGCGAGCCCGAGGCUCAGACCCUGGCCAUCCGUUUCGCCAACAGCGAGAACGCCAACGCUUUCCGUGACGCUUUCGAGACCGCCCAGCAGGAGAACGAGAAGCUCUUCAGCGCUGAGGAGUAA